GCCUGCAGUGUGAUCAUGAGAGGUGUUGUCAGUGGGUUAGCUCUGUAUGUGUACGAGUACCUGCUGCAUGUAGGAGCACAGAAGUCAGCACAGACCUUUCUCUCAGAGAUUCGAUGGGAGAAGAACAUCACAUUAGGAGAACCUCCGGGGUUCCUCCACUCAUGGUGGUGUGUUUUCUGGGACCUGUACUGUGCAGCUCCGGAAAGAAGAGACACAUGUGAACACUCCAGCGAGGCCAAGGCCUUCCAUGACUAUAGUGCUGCAGCUGCUCCAAGCCCCGUCCUUGGGAACCUUCCACCAGGAGAGGGCAUGCCAGUGGGGCCAGUCCCUCCAGGAUUCUUUCAGCCAUUCAUGUCACCUCGGUACCCUGGAGGACCCAGACCACCCCUCAGAUUACCUAAUCAGGGACUUGGAGGAGUCCCAGGUAGCCAGCCUAUGUUACCCAGUGGGAUGGACCCCACAAGACAGCAAGGACAUCCAAAUAUGGGAGGACCAAUGCAGCGGAUGACUCCACCCAGAGGCAUGGUACCACUAGGGCCCCAGAGCUAUGGAGGUGGGAUGAGACCACCACUGAAUGCCCUGGUUGGUCCUGGGAUGCCUGGCAUGAACAUGGGACCUGGUGGGGGUAGACCCUGGCCAAAUCCUCCAAACUCCAAUUCAACCCCUUACUCUUCUGCAUCUCCAGGAAGUUAUGUGGGACCUCCAGGAGGAGGGGGGCCACCUGGGACCCCAAUAAUGCCAAGUCCAGCAGAUUCAACCAACUCUGGCGACAACAUGUACACAAUGAUAAACACAGUCCCUCCAGGUGGAAGCCGACCAAACUUCCCUAUGGGUGCAGGUGGCGAUGGUCCUUUAGGGGGAAUGGCUGGAAUGGAGCCUCAUCACAUGAAUGGAUCAUUAGGGUCAGGGGAUAUGGACAGUCUCCCCAAGAACUCUCCUGGUAACCUAAGUAUGAGUAACCAGCCCGGGACCCCCAGGGAGGAUGGAGAGAUGGGAGGAAACUUCCUCAACCCUUUUCAGAAUGAAAGUUAUUCUCCAAACAUGACGAUGAGCGUGUGAAGGCUUCGGGAGCACGGUUGAUCAGUCAUUUAGUAAGCCGUGGUGUGGAUCGGUGAAAAGCAGAGAGACAGGAUGUGAUGUCAUCUAGGCCAGUGACUCUUCCACCUCACCACCUGCCUAGCCAGGACAGUUGCCGCAGGCUCCGUCCUUCUACUACAGCCCCAACCCCCCCCUCAACCCCACCCUCCAUUAUUUCUGUCCACGUCUCUUCUCUCCUGUUUCUUCUGUUCUAAGUGCUACAUUCAUCAGUUCUUCCUCUGCAACUAUGAGACUGUACAAAGGAACCAAAUUGAAACAACCCGGAGGAGAACUUUGUAUAUUUGCAUACAGUGUGUAUGAGACUUUGCACACACUCCAGUUACUGACAGAUGUCUCUGCCUUUUGCAUCAUAUCACGCCCAAAAACAAAAGGCCAGACUCCUAUUUAUCCUAAAGUAAAACAUUUUUAAGGAUUUAAAGAAAUAUAGACACUUUUUGAUCAAUGAUGAAAUUUAAUCUAACUGGAACAUCUUUUGUCUUUUUUUUUUUCCGGCAAAUUACUUUGUGCAUUACUGGAAGAUUAUUGGAGAGACAUCGCAGUCACACUAUCAUGAAGUUUAUUUGCGGCUUGUGCAGAUAUUUGUUGUCUAGUAAUUUGAAGUAUUUUCAAAUUUUGUGGUUGUCUACAAUUUUAAGACCACUAACAAUGUGUUUUAUGUUUUAUACUAUCGUUUUUUUUUUCUUCUAAUUUUUAUCCCCAAACUUGGCCACAAAUGUGAAAAAUGUGAGAUUUUUUUUUCUUCUUCUUCCUCACCUGUAUCACAUGUUUGGCCUGAUGAAGCAAAUAAAGUGCAGAUCAAAGUCAGCUCUUUGUUCAGACUUUAACCAGAAAGAGUCAGGGUUAGCAGAAAGGCUUCAGAACAGCCUGAAAUAGUUCCCUGCAUGUUGAAUUUGAAGCCACACUGAAUGGUUAUUGAGAUUCUAAAAAGCUUUGUUAAAAUGAGACUACGUAACCUUUGUUGAACGGUAGCCACACUUGUGCAAGUGACAAUUACAGGAUAAUGGUAUCCAAAACAUAGUGCAACAAAGUCAUAAAAUCAGUGACAUGGUUUCGCAAGUGGCUGCAUUAUAGAGUAAUAUCUAGCAUUUAACAUUUAGCAACUAAAACCUGCUGGUCAUACCAGACCAAGGAAGAACGUUAUUUCUUCUUCCUAAAGUGACAUUGUCAUUUUACUGUCAUCCGGAUAAACUGUGAUCUCAGUGUGAUGUGAAGAAUUGGUACAGAACGCUAAAAUAAGCUUGUUUUUAAUCAAUGUUUUAAACUUUUUUCACUGCCCAAGAUGUAUCAUCAUGUACAAAAGGUCGAUAUGCCUGUGAACAUUCUCCUUUCCCUUCCCUUACUGCAAAGUGUACAGCUCACAAAUGUAGCUCCUCUGUCUUGUAUGUGUAUUUGAUAUUAUUAUUAUUUAAAGAAAAAUCUGGAGAGAAUUAUUGCAAACGGGAGGGAUGGACUGAUAAUGCACCAUCACAACUGAACAGAGAUAUUUUAUUUUGUUUUUGUGUUAGAUUGAAGCCAUACGUGGGAGUACAAGAAGAUGCAUUUGUAAAUUGGAUCAUGUUUUCUGUUUUGUGGCAGUAUGUGGGACUCCAUUUGUGAUGUGUUCAUUUUCUCUUUUUUAUUCUUGUAUUAUGUUUUUGUAAAUACACAGAGAAGUAUUUCAUGGGUUUUGAAUAUGCUAGUAUAAAGCUUCUCUUCCCUUA